AUCAGAAAAUUCGGCAGAGCAGAGUGAGAGGCAGAGAGAAGAGAAGACACACUCACACACCAGCAAAGUUACCUUCUGAUCAGUCUGACGCACAAAAACUUCACUGGACACGUCCCAGAGGACUUAAUUUCCCAUCAUGCACCAGGAGAAUCUCUCACAUCUCAAGGGAACUUGGACCCCAUGGAGUAAGCUGGUUGGAGUCUCUGGCAUGCCGAGCAUGGGACCGAUCCAACCACAGAGAACAGCUCCGCUCUGGGCCCGGCUGCUUCUGGUGGCUCUCCUGGUUCCUGGAACCUGGAGCCUUCUCACCGACCAGCAGGAGGAGAUGUUGGUGGAGCUUCAUAACCACUACAGAGGACAAGUUUCGCCCUCUGCUGCAGCCAUGCUGCCUCUGAAAUGGGACGGAAAUCUGAAGUUGGUUGCCGAGGGCUACGCUGCUAAGUGUAUCUGGGAACACAACACUGAGUUGGAGGACACUGGAGAGAAUCUGUUUGCUGGCACAGGCAAACUUGAUCUCAGCGAGGCUGUGGAGAAAUGGUUUCUUGAACGCUUGGAUUACAGUUAUGAGAACAACAGCUGUGACGAGGAUAAGAUGUGUGGACACUACACGCAGAUGGUGUGGGCGGACACACACAGAGUUGGCUGUGCCGUCCAUUUUUGUAACACCAUAGAGAAUCUGGACUGGAACAACGUCUCUUACCUCGUCUGCAACUACUUCCCAGCAGGGAACUAUGAUGACGAACGGCCGUAUGUGGAAGGAGACUGGUGCUCCAGAUGUCCUGAAGAUUUGGACGUCUGUCAAAACCACCUCUGUGUUAAGAAGGAGGUUGGAGACACCGAUGAAGAGGAGAUGACAACUGAUUCACCCCUGAUGACGGAUAUUGUAACAGCAGCAAGCAAUCCCCCUUCAGUCCAUGACAGCUUUGCUGAUGUUACCCCCAUCAUCCUUGAAAAGGAAUCAGAUGACACUCCGUCCCCUUGGAGCGCUAUGGAGACCGUCUCCUCACCCGGACUUCAACCAACCCCGCUAGGAGAGGAGGAGGAGAACUCAGAGCCAAACAAUCUGGAUGAGGAGAAGCAGAGGAAGGAAAGUGUACACCGACAGGAGGAAACGCAGAAAAUUUUGGAACCAGCUAGAACCUCUGCAGCCUCAGUUUUAGCAGCUUCGUUCCUGUUAGCCUGCCUGACUGGACUCUUGAAUCUGGAUCUGUGAGGAGGUGGACAUGGAGAAGCAUUAGCUUUUCCUUUUCCUGCAAUGACUGCACAGCUUUCUGUUAACCCACCCAGACUGUGUUGAACAAAUUAGGUCAAUUAAUUCCCUCUCACAAGAAAACAGCAGCUGUUAUCUCAACAUCAGCAUGAAGCUGCUCUAAAAUCUGAGGCUUACGCGCUUCAUUCCAGAGCGGCACUCUGACACACAGCUGAUUUAACAGAAAUCACUAUUACACUGCAGACUGUAUGGGUUUCUAAAAAUAAUUAACAUUCACAAAGGUUUUUUCGCAUUGACUCUUGCAUUUUCAUGAAAUUUGAUUAGGAACUUGUAAAGAAUGUCUCAGAAAGUUAUUAGCUAUUUUUUUAGGAGUGGAAACAUCCAGUUAUGCAGAUUUCCCCCGAUAGAUUAUUCCUGUUUGUGUCUGUCUAUUAAGGUUUGAGUUUAAUGAACGACCUGUCAUCUUAUUUACAGCUGUUUUGAGAACAAACAAUACAGACACUGCAGAUGGAUUAAAAAAUGUGUUUUCUGUCAGUCUAGCCAAUGAAAAACUGAGUAAAAGACCAAAUAAAUGUGUUUGUGUCAGUUA